AUGGCAAAUUCAAUAUUCAUCUCUGGAACUCAAAGUUUGAGUGUUUGUAACAGAGUUUCCCCAAAUGGGUUAGGCUUUGUUGGUUCAGAUUUCAAUGGGAAUCAAUUUCCCAAGCUGGGUUUAUCAAGAACCAGUUAUAAAAUCAAAACCCUAGCUCCAAUUUGCAGUAUUUCAACAUCUAGGCCAGCUUCACAGCCAAGAUUCAUACAGCACAAACAAGAAGCUUUUUGGUUUUAUAGGUUUUUAUCUAUUGUGUAUGAUCAUGUUAUUAAUCCUGGUCAUUGGACUGAAGAUAUGAGGGAUGAUGCACUUGAACCAGCUGAUCUUAAUGACAGGAAUUUGACUGUGGUGGAUGUUGGUGGUGGCACUGGUUUCACUACAUUGGGUAUAGUUGAGCAUGUAGAUGCCAAGAAUGUUACAAUUCUUGACCAAUCUCCUCAUCAAUUAGCUAAGGCUAAGGAAAAGGAGCCUUUGAAAGAAUGCAAGAUAAUUGAGGGUGAUGCUGAGGAUCUUCCAUUCUCAACUGACUAUGCUGAUAGAUAUGUAUCUGCUGGAAGUAUUGAAUACUGGCCGGACCCACAACGUGGAAUCCGAGAGGCAUACAGAGUUCUGAAACCUGGAGGAAAGGCGUGCUUAAUCGGUCCUGUGCACCCUACCUUUUGGUUGUCUCGUUUCUUUGCUGAUGUGUGGAUGCUCUUCCCUAAGGAGGAAGAAUACAUAGAGUGGUUUGAGAAGGCAGGAUUCACGGACGUACAACUGAAGAAGAUCGGCCCAAAAUGGUAUCGUGGAGUUCGAAGGCAUGGGCUUAUCAUGGGAUGUUCUGUUACUGGUGUUAAGUCUACACCAGGGGAUUCACCACUGCAGCUUGGCCCAAAAGCAGAAGAUGUGACAAAACCUGUAAAUCCAUUUGUCUUUAUGCUGCGGUUCCUUCUGGGUGCAACUGCAGCAACAUACUAUGUUUUGGUUCCUAUUUACAUGUGGGUUAAAGACCAGGUUGUUCCUGAAGGCGAACCUCUGUGA